AGCGCGGCGAUGGGCUGAGGGGAGCGGGCCGGGGCCUGAAGGGAGCGGGGGAGGCCCGGCCGUGGCGGCGCCCUGAACGGCCCCUCCCGUGUCAGUAAACCUUCCCUGCCCGGUCCCUGCCCGGUGCCGUGCUUCCUUACGGCUGUUGUGCCUCCACGGCAGCAGUUGGAGGCCAUGGCAGGCCGGCCCUGUGGUGGUACCACACGUUUACCCCCGGGAUGCAGGACGCUGUGGGGAGGCCGUGACCCCCCCCUCCCCCCUUCGUCACACUGCCCCGAAGCCAGCAGGCCGCCGUUCCGGCCUCGGCUGUGUGUGUGGCAGCCACAGCCCGGCCUGGAGCUGCGUCAGUGUUGGGGCAGGUGGGGGUUAAGGAGAGGUUGCGCUCCAGAGGGGGCGGCACAGAGCUGAGGGAGCGUUGGGCCGCUGCUGUCAGACACGGGGACGGAAUGGCCCUUUGUGGAGCCGCCGGUUGGACUCUGUGAUCGCUGCAGUUCCUUCCCAGCUCAGGAGACUCAGCUCCUGUGGUUCUGUUCUAUCAGGAGACCCUCAGGAUCCGGAUGCAGAACGCUGCGUCCCUGUGCUGCCGUCAGCAAGAAGCUUGGCAGGACGUGCUGCCAAGGCUGGAGCACAGCGUACGUGCAGGGCGGGGAUGUGCUGACUUCCCAUAGUUCUGGCAGCUUCCCGGAAGAUGGAGCCCACAUCGGUGAGGACCAAAGUGCCCUCCUUCCUGUCCGACCUGGGGAAGGCCACGCUGAGGGGCAUCAGGAAAUGUCCCCGCUGCGGCACUUACAACGGCACCCGCGGGCUGAGCUGCAAGAACAAGAACUGCGGCACCGUCUUCCGCUACGGCACACGCAAGCAGCCCGGGGUCGAUGCUGUUAAGAUCAUCACUGGCUCUGACUUACAGGUGUACUCGGUGCGCCAGCGGGACCGGGGCCCGGAUUACCGGUGCUUUGUAGAGCUGGGCGUUUCGGAGACGGCCAUCCAGACUGUGGAUGGGACCAUCAUCACACAGCUCAGCUCCGGCCGCUGCUACGUCCCGGCGUGCCUGAAGGCGUCCACGCAGGGUGUGGUGGAGAAUCAGUGCCAGCACGUCAAGCUGGCCCUGAACUGUCAGACCGAGGCCACCCCGCUGACCCUGAAAAGCUCGGUGCUCAACUCCAUGCAGGCCUCGCCCGAAACGAAACAGACUAUUUGGCAGCUGGCCACAGAGCCCACGGGGCCGCUGGUGCAGCGGAUCACCAAGAGCGUCCUGGUGGUGAAGUGCAAGGCCAGCCAAAAGCACAGCCUGGGCUACCUGCACGCCUCCUUCGCCCAGAAGAUGAGCACGAAGACGCUGGCGGAGCACAGGUUCUUCUGCUCCUGCCAGACCCUGAAGCCUGGCAAGGCCGCCUCGGCCAAGGAGGAGGCGGCAGCACAGAGGUGCAUUCACUUCUUCGCCUGCAUCUGUGCCUUUGCCAGCGACGAGAGCCUGGCCCAGGAGUUUGCCGACUUCCUCACCUAUGACUCAGGCGGUCUGAAAGGGAUCGCUGUCCCUCAGUUGGUGUGUGGCCCUGAGUCCACCGUGCAGGCUGGCGAGGCUGCUGCCAAGGCCAAGAAGAGGAAAAAGGACUUAACGCCCGGGCCUCUCCUAGCUCAGGACACGGCCGGCCUGAGGAGAAGCAGCCUGAAGAAGCCCACGGUUGCUGCCUCACUGAAAAGGCAAGGUUGUAACCAACUUCUGGACGAGUCGCAGGUUACCCUGUCCUUCCAAGACUGGCUGGCCAGCGUCACUGAGCGCAUCCAUCAGACCAUGCAUUACCAGUUUGAGGGUAAACCCGAGCCGUUGGUGUUCCACAUCCCACAGGCAUUCUUUGAUGCGCUGCAGCAGAGGAUAUCCAGUGGGAGUACAAAGAAGAGGUUGCCCAACUCCACUACAGCGUUUGUCCGCAAAGAUGCCCUUCCCCUGGGGACCUUCUCCAAGUACACGUGGCACAUCACCAGCAUCCUGCAGGUCAAGCAGAUCUUCGACACGCCCGAGCAGCUGCCACUGGAGAUCACACGCAGCUUCAUCCAGAACCGGGACGGCACCUAUGAGCUCUUCAAGUGCCCCAAGGUGGAGGUGGAGAGCAUUGCUGAGACCUACGGGCGCCUGGAGAAGCAGCCGGCCAUCCGCCCGCUGGAGCUCAAGACCUUCCUCAAAGUGGGAAACACCUCUCCCACCCAGAAGGAGCCCACCCCAUUCAUCAUCGAGUGGAUCCCCAACAUCCUACCUCACUCCCACAUCGGAGAGCUGCGCAUCAAGUUUGAGUACGGGCACCAGGGCGGCCGUCAGCCCCAAGCCUCCUUCUCCACCCAACAGCCACCAGCGCUGGAGCCCACCCUGGAACUCGCUCCGCUCACCACCAUCACCUUCCCCUGAGCUCCGGGGCUGCAAUCCAGAACUGCCACCACGGCCACGUCAGCCCGAAAGAGAGAAAGAAACCAAGCACAGAGCUGCUGCCGCACCUGGAAAAAGAAAAAGUGCUGCUCACCGGGUGCACGCUGCUCCUCUCUGCACCCAGGAAAGCAAGCUGGGAAGGACACGGGGGGGCUGCACCCCUCCUGCGGAGCACACACACAUCCAGGGAAGCCCCAGCUUCAGCCCAGAGCUGGGGGAGGGGGAAAUCAGUGCAGAGCAAGGACAUGGGGGGAGCAGAGAGCAGGGAUGGGGGUCCUGCCAGCUCCAGGUGACCACUGCCAGCAUUUACCUGAACUCCAGCCACUCCUUGCUCGCAUCCUCCGGCAGAACCCGGCUGCAUCUUCCCCCUGGAUGGAGGAGGGCAUGGCCAGGCUCAUUCCCUCCCUCAGGUUGAUGUGCUGCACCUGGACUUGGGGGGGGAGAGAGCAGCCCAGGACCCCAACUCCUGCAGGGAGGGGCUGCAGGCACCGCACCCCCACCAGCACCACCCCACUGCAUCCCACCCCUCUUCCUGACAGCAGCACAAGGACAUUCGUACUGAAAUAAUUUAUUUUCUAACAAUCCAACAAUACAGAAGUAUACAUACACACGGCCAGGUCUGUCUAAAACACAUACUCUCUAAAAAAAAACGCGUGUGCUAACUUGUAAGAAAAACAAAACAACAAAAAAAAUGAAGCACCAUUAUAUGGUCUUGACACAGGAUUCAUAGUGACGUGCUAUGUACAACGGGAAUUGAACGCCUGGAAAGGAAAUCUUUGCAUCCUCCCAUCUGCUGCUCCCCUUUCACUCUGUGUCUAUCGCUCAGAAGAUGCCAGAACUCAAAAGUGAUGCUAAAAAGCCAAGGAGUGGGGUCUGGGUCUCGGGGGCAAAUUAGAAGGAAAAAGGGGGGAAAAAGAUUAAAAUCAAUGGGAAGGGCAAUGAAAAUGCAUCAAAAGCCACUGAGGUGGGGAAGGCUCCUGAGGUGGGGAUGGAGAAGCCUCUGCUGCUGGCUUUGUUCUGCCCCAGGUUGAGGGAUGGGGAUGGGAUGAGAUGGGAUGGGGACCAACGCCCAGGGCUGGGGGCUUCCCCGUCCCCAAGCAGCGCGGUUUGGACUCGCACGUCUGUGUAAACGCAGGGGGUGCUCCUCGCUCCCCCCCUUUUUUCCAACAAUCUACAAAAAAAAAAAAAUCUCAUUGCUGCAGCUUA